CACAGAGCAUCAGCCACACAUUCUCCUUACAUCUGAGUGGAUCUACGGACGAACCUCUCGAAAAUGGCGGCCCAGGAGGCAGCCCAGGAGGAGGAGAUUUCCCAUUUUGAUUCUGCUUUUCUCUCAGAGCUGUCUGCUCUUCUAGGCACAGAUGCGGUUCAGCUCACCAAACAAUUGGAAGAAGAAGGGCAGCAGGAACGAGAAAAAAUGGAGAAAGGAUUUAACUCACACAUGCGCAGUGAAACAAAAAGGUUAAAGAGUUUUGUGACAUAUGACCAUUACAGCUCAUGGACGCCACAGGAGAUGGCAGCAGCCAGGUUUUAUUUCACUGGCAUAAAAUCUGGGAUUCAGUGCUUCUGCUGCAGCUUAAUCAUCUUUGGUACCAGCAUCCGGACACUCCCCGUAGAAGAUCACAAGAAGCUUCGUCCACGCUCUGAGUUCCUUUUGGGCAAAGAUGUUGGCAAAUAUGAUAUAAGAGUAAAGAACCGAGAGAACACGCUGAGAGGGGACGAAGCAAGGUACCAGGAAGACAGGGAGAGACUUGAAUCCUUCCAGAACUGGCCAUUUUACGUGCAAGCAGUAUCUGUGAGGGAUCUCUCAGCUGCUGGCUUUUUCUUUACAGGCAAACGGGACACUGUGCAGUGUUUUUCCUGUGGCGGAUGUUUAGGAGACUGGGAAGAAGGAGAUGAUCCUUGGAAGGAACAUGCCAAAUGGUUCCCCAAAUGUGAAUUUCUUCAAAGUAAGAAAUCCUCAGAGGAAAUUGCACAGUACAUUCAAAGCUACAAGGGAUUUGUUGGUGUCACGGGAGAACAUUUUGUGAAUUCCUGGGUCAAGAGAGAGUUACCUAUGGUGUCACCUUAUUGCAAUGACAGCAUCUUUGCUAAUGAAGGGCUACGACUGGAUUCCUUUAAGAACUGGCCCCAUGCAUUCCCGGCAGGAGUUGCAGCUCUGGCCAGAGCAGGUUUCCUCUAUACGGGUGUGAAGGACAUCGUCCAGUGUUUCUUCUGCGGAGGGUGUGUGGAGAGCUGGAAGGAAGGCGAUGACCCAUUAGAAGAUCACGCCAGAUAUUUUCCCAAUUGUCAGUUUCUCCAAAAUCUGAAGUCCUGUGUAGAGGAGAUUCCAGACCUUCACAACCACCGUGAACUUUCUGAAUUAAAGGAAACCACAAGUGAAAGCUAUCGUGAGGAUUCAGCAGCAGUUAGUCCUGUAGUGCCAGCAGUGGCCCAGCGUGAAGCCCAGUGGCUGCAGGAGGCAAGGAACCUGAGUGAGUGGCUGAGAGCAUCCUACACCAGUGCCAGUUUCCGCCACAUGUGUUUGUGAGUCUGUCCCUCCCUAGCCACCGACCAUUUGCUGGGCUGGCCUUAAGCCUUGGCCUUAAGACGCAUCGGCAGUCCUGUGCAAGAGCCUGUGGUGUUACCUGAGGUCCUGGCCAACUUCAACUCUGUCAUGUGUGUGGAGGGUGAAGCAGGUAGUGGAAAGACAGUCCUGCUGAAGAAAAUAGCGCUUCUGUGGGCAUCAGGAUGCUGCCCCUUGCUAAACAGGUUCCAGCUGGUCUUCUACCUCUCCCUUAGUUCUACCAGACCGGACGAGGGGGUGGCCAACAUUGUUUGUGACCAACUCCUAAAGACAGAAGGCUCUGUUACUGAAGUGUGCCUGAGGAACAUCAUCCAGCAGUUAAGGAAUCAAGUGUUACUCCUUUUGGAUGACUACAAAGAAAUGUGCUCAGUUCCGCAUGUCCUAGAAAAACUAAUUCGAAAAAACCACUCAUCAAGGACCUGCUUACUGAUUGGUGUACAUACAAACAGGGCCAGGGACAUGCGCCGAUACCUAGACACGAUUCUGGAGAUACGAGUGUUUCCCUUUUAUAAUACCAUGUAUUUAUUACGGAAGCUCUUUUCACACGAUACGAGUUGUCUGCAAAAGUUUAUGGUUUACUUCAGAGUGAACGAAAGCUUGCAGGGAAUUCACAAAACUCCUCUCUUUGUCGCAUCGAUCUGUGCUAACUGGUUUCAGUAUCCUUGGAACAGAUCCAUUGAUGAUGUGGCUGCCUUCAAGUCAUAUAUGGAAUGCCUUUUCUUAAAGUACAAAUCGAUGGCUGAACUUCUCAGAGCAACUGUGUCCUCUUGUGGUGAGCUGGCCUUGAAAGGGUUUUUUUCAACUUGCUUUGAGUUCAGUGAUGAUGACCUUAUAGAAGCAGGAAUUGAUGACAGGGAAGAUUUAGUCACGUGCCUGUUGAGCAAAUUCACAGCCCAGAGACUAAGACCGGUCUACCGGUUUCUAAAUCCCACAUUCCAAGAAUUUCUUGCCGGGAAGAGGCUGAUUGAACUUCUGGAUUCUGAGAGGCAAGAAGAUCAAGAUUUGGGACUCUCUUAUUUGAAACAACUCAACUCAUCGAUGAUGGCUAUAGGUCCCUACAGCAAUUUUUUGCGUUACCUCUCCUGCCACUCUUCAACAAAGGCAGGGCCAAAGAUUGUAUCUCACUUGCUGCAUUGGGCAGAUAAUAAAGAGUCAUUGGAGAUUACAGCAGAAAAUGAUGACUACCUGAGGCACCAUCCAGGAAUUUCAGGGAUGAUGCAGUGUAUGAGGACGGUGUGGCAAAUGUCUCCUAAAGAUUACUUUUCAAUCGUUUCAGAACAAUUACUGACUCUUGCCAUAAAAGCUGCUUAUCAAAGCAACACUGUUGGUGCCUGCACUCCAUUUAUUUUGCAGUUCCUUCAAGGGAAGACCCUGAAUUUGGAUGUACUUAAUUUGCUGUAUUUUUUUGACCACCCAGAAAGCCUAUUACUGCUGCGGAGCAUCCGGGUCUCCCUAAGAGGAAGUAAGGCACACCCAGCAGGUUUUCCGUUCUUGGAAACAUAUAUAGACACAUCUAAGGCACCAACUGUUGAUCAGGACUGUGCUUCUGCCUUUGAAUCUGCGAACCUAAGGAAGAGGGAUUUAGCUGAAAAAGAAGAAAACAUAAAGCGUUUUCGGAACCAGCAACUCGUGAAACCACCCAACAUCAGUGCUGGCUACUGGCACCAUUCUCCAAAGCAGUACAAGAUCCCCCUUCUGGAAGUAUGUGUGUCUGACAUGGCCGCCGUGGACCGGGAGAUGCUCAGGGUUCUCAUGGUCAUUUUCUCGGCCUCGCAGCGCAUUGAGCUCUAUUUGGACAACAGCGGGGAGUUUAUGGAAUACAUCCGCCCGGCUCUGGAGCAGAGUAAGGACUCUGUGACCAAGUGCUCAGUGUGCCGCCUGGAGCUGAGUGCAGCAGAACAGGAAUUGCUCCUCACCCUGCCUGCCCUGGAGUCUCUUCAAGUCUCGGGGACAAGGCAGGUACCAGAUAAAGUUUUUACUAAUUUGGACAAGUUCCUAUGCCUGAAAGAACUCUCUGUGGCUCUGAAUGAUCAACAAAAUGUUUUUUCACUCAUUCCUGAAGAAUUCUUCCCUCUCUACAAUUUGAAAUUGUUGGUCCGAAUUUCAGCUGAGUAUAGUCCUUCUAAACUAGUGAAAUUAAUUCAGAAUUCUCCAAACCUUCAUGUUUUUCAUCUGCAAAGUAAUUUGAUUUCGGAUUUUGAAUCUCUCAUGACUGCACUUGCUUCCUGCAAGAAACUCAAAGAAAUUAAUUUUUUUGGAUCAUUUUUCAAACCCAUCGCUUUUGUCACCGCUUUGCCCAAUCUUAUUUCUCUGAAGAUACUAAAUCUUGAAGACCAACACUUUGCUGAUAAGGAAACAUCUGAAAUAUUCGCCUAUACCUUAGGUUCUCUUAACAACCUGGAAGAAUUGAGCCUUCCUACUGGGGAUGGGAUUCAACAAGUGGCCAAACUGAUCAUCCAGCAGUGUCAGCAUCUUCAGUUUCUCCGAAUUCUCUCAUUGCAGCAGAUUUUGGAUGAUGACAGCGUGAUGGAAAUUGCCAAGGUAGCAACCAAUGGAGGUUUCCAGAAACUUGAGGACUUAAAUCUUUCAGCCAAUCACAAGAUUACAGAGGAAGGAUACAAAAAUUUCUUUCAGACACUGGACAACAUGCCACACUUGAAAGAGUUGACUGUUUCUAGGUGUUUAACCGAAUACGUCAGAGCUCAGGCCACAACGGUCAAGUCUUUGAGUCGGUGCGUGUCACGACUGCCAAGCCUCAUCAGACUGACCAUGUUAGGUUGGCUCCUGGAUACAGAAGACAUCACACUGCUUAAUGCCAUGAAAGAAAGGCAUCCUCAAUCGAAGCACUUAGAUUUUUGGUGGAAAUUGGUACUGCCAUUCUCUCCAACCAUUCAGGAACAGAAGAUGUAGCUAAAAACUGGAAUAAGAUUUUUGGUCAACAAUUGUAAAAACCUACCUCUCCAAAAACAUUUUAUUACGUUUUGCACACCAAAGGAUAUUUACAGUAAGGCAUGUAAAAAAAAAACCAAAACCCAAAAAUGAACACUGCUUGUCCAUCACUGGCCUUAAGAAAUAUGUUACCAGAACCUCUGCAGUCCCCAAAUGAUCCCCCCCAACUAAAUGGAAAUCAGUUCUUCAAUCAAGUUUACACACCUAACCCUCCAUAAUGGAGGAUCAGCAGCGGGUUUUCGGGCUAAAUGCGGUAAGGAGGAUAAAAACGGCUAAGGGAACGGAGUGAGGUACACAGAUCUGUCUUAAAGCCACAGUAUGGAAAAGUAUUCAAGUGACAUGAAUGUGAAUUUUAAGAGUGAACCCAUUUUCUACAUAAAUGAAACAAGACUUGAUCACCAGAUCCAGAUGAAUCUUUUGUGGGCCAAGAUAUAAUCCUUAAUACUUGUAAGAUUUGUUUGGUAUAUUAAUUUUGGUGCAAUAGGCCAAUAUGAAGUAGAAGUAAGAUUUAAGGAAAAAAGCUCUUAGUACAGAGGCUUUUGAUUCAACACUUUCUGUAUCAGCAUAAAGUACAAAAUAGAAUUUCUAAGAUUUAGUCUAAAACGGAGAGGGCAGAGCCCUCGACAUCAGGUUUGCUGAAGCUGUGGAAAUGCAGCCGAAGAAUGUUUAAGCUUUGGGCAUUUUGCUGAGAAACUACCUCAGCACUUGGAGGUACUAGAGGAAGCCAUUCAGGUGGGGGUGCGGUGUUAGAAAACCACACAUGGCAUGGAUCUGCUAGAACACACCGGAAGCAGGGAAAGAAGUCCCUUGCUCCUACAGUGUCUUACCGCUACCCUCUAGUGACAAAGCUGUAUACUGUGCCUGCUGAGAGGACAGGUCUUUACAGACAGCAGAUCUACUGCAGAGAAGGCAGUGAAGGCUAGAUUGGGACACGAGAAGCAACAACUUGUUAACUGACAGAACUAUUACUUAUUAAAUAGCUUAGACCUAAACCAAAAAGAACCUAGUAAGAUUUCUUUUAAGAUUGACAGGAUGCACAGGAAUGUUUAUAGAAAACGUCUUCCAUGAUCUAGGAGAACUGGGUAGUGACUGACGGCAGGGAGGGGGCCAGGAUGGCGAGGGAAUAGGAGGGGGUCUGAUUCUUUUCUUUGCACAUCUUUUGUACUAUUUGAAUUCUGCACCAUAUGCAUGUAUUAUUAAAAAUGGUAUUUUAAAAACAAAGAGAAAUCGCUCUCUCUCCAAACCUUCUGAUAAGGGCUUCUAGUGUAAAGUAGGGA